CGUUAUGAGAAGAUGGGAGAAGAACUACCGUCAUUGAAAUAGAUUGUGAAGUGGACAGCUCUGAAUGUCUUGCUACGUACAGAAUUAAGAUCUUGCGACGAUGUUGUCUUCAUUGUGUCGAGUAACGCUAAACAAACAAUUGGAGCAGCGUACAAAGGAUACAACUAAUGAGAUCAGAUCGACGGAUCUUGUGACUUUCGCACGUCUCGAGGCUGCAGUCAAGGCUAGCGACUCCGUUACCUUACGAAAAAUCGUCGGUGCUGGACGUAGCGUCGAAUACUUGACCGCUGAAGGGAGCCUGUUGUACCACGCUGUGAAAUGUCGUGCGCCAUUAUGGUUUAUCGAAGAACUUCUUCAGUUAGAGGCAAAUCCGAAUUACUUUUCGUAUCAAGAUCAUCAGACGGCGCUGCACCUGGCCGCACGAGAAGGAUAUGUAGCAGCACUGGAAGUGCUGCUUGACUAUGGCGGGAGCCCGAUGGAAGUAGACGUUGCCGGUCAAACCGUUUUCGAAGCUGCUCAAGCUUCCAAUCAUAAGAACUGCAUUGAGCUCCUUGACCGGGUUAUGAAAUUGCAACGAGAUUUACAGCUUUUAGAGCUAAGCACCGUAUCUGGAAUCUGUGAGAAACAUCGCCGUUUGUCAACGAUAGCUGAACGCUCCGAAAGUGCUAUGCCCAGUAUUCAUAAUCGCACAUCGAUGGCUGCCGAAGUACACGAUACUAAAAGGGAAGAUCCGUAUACGACAAGCUUUGAAAGUUACAAUGGUGGCGCAUCAAUAAGUAGUGCCUCUAUCGAUACGCUGAACUGUGCAUUCUGUCAAGAGGCUAGUUUACAGGCAAGUCUGUUAGAUGCAUCGGAUCUGGCAGCUACUUCGCCUCCAUCUGAAUUAUAUUUGUCAGUGCGAAAUCCACUUGGGUCUAUUGAGAAUUCACCAGAGAUAGGAGCCACGCCGUUGAGGGCGACACGGGUUCGCAGAAGGCUCGCAGACAACAUCAGUUUCCGAGAAUCCCUUAAAAAUGAUAGUGCUGAUGACAAACCAACAGAUAACGAUAAGACACCGGUAAGGGAUCAUGUUAUCGAAAACGAUCUGGAAUGCAAAAAAGUCGAUUUAAUGUCUGGACUGAGGGGUGGAUUGGAAAGGGUCGCUGCUGGGAUACUCGCUUAUCUAAGUCCUGAAAAGAAGUCACCGUCACGAAUCGAGCCAACCUGCACAGGAAAAGAGCACGAUCUGAAAAAUGAGCCGAAUAAAGAGGCUAUCGAUUCAAAAUCCGAUGGACAAUUUAAAUCAGACGGCGAAGACACGAGUUUCGAGUCAGCCAAAACCGCCGCAUCGGAAGAGUCGUGUGGAUCAGCUGAGCUGGAGAAUCUUAACUGGACAGCAGAUGUUGACCAGACGAGGCACCCGGAUGUCAAUGUUCAUGAUAAUGAUGCUGGUGAUUUACUAGCAAGUGCUAAGCCAACUCAACAACUUGUAGAACGCGGCCAAAACAUAACUCGGUAUUCGUCGAGUCUAUUUACCGACGACAUCACCUUCGAUAAUCCAUUGAGUAAGAGAAGUGUUGCUUCGUCAUUGAGGACUCCUCUACCAGAUAAUAUUCAGUGUCUCAGCGAUGACGAGCUGUUCCAACAGCUUUUCACUCUCGGAAUGAACCCAGGUCCAAUUAAUGAUGCCACUCGCUCCAUUUAUCGACACCAACUAGCCCAUCUUCGACUGGGUAAUGACGUGCGUCUGGCGAUUACACCGCACGGUGUAGAAUCAGUUCUGUCAGAUGGUACAUUUCGAUCGGCUGUUGCGCAUGGCCAACACUGUCGAGGUGAACACGAUGAGGGCCAGAUCAAUUGUUGUGAGGUGAUUCACCGCGAUCUCGAAUCUGGCCUCAUGCUUCGCGAGGAACAUUAUGGCACAAAGCGAUCCCAAUUGCCACCCAAUGCUAUUCAAGCGUCACCAUCGCAAGCUAUUCCACCUGAACUGGUCAAACUCUCCAAUGAUGAAGUGCGCCAACGUCUUGUUGACUUCGGCGAAAAUCCAGGACCAGUGAACCGUCAAACUCGUGCAGUGUACCUUCGUCAACUACAUCGACUGCAGCAGGCGAGCGUAGCAACACCACCGCCUUCUCAACUUCGUUCAGUUUUACCUCCCGAAUUGCAUAUGCUUUGCGUGAAAUUCGGACAAGUGUUCGAGGUGUACAGCAAUUUGGAGUCUCAGAUGGAGGAGUCUUUCUUGAAGCAGGGUCAACGUUGGAGAGAAGGUUCAGCCAAAACAGCAUUCACUUACCUCUUGCUUGAUUCUAGUGUUACUCUAAACCUACCGGACAGAGCAACUCACAUGAGCCUACCUGAACAGAUGGAAACGUUCGUGAAGGCAGUUUUUUAUGUGGGUAAGGGCAAGCGAUCCCGACCAUUUGCACAUCUCUACGAAGCUUUGGACGCGCGUGACAAGUUAGCAGUUCUUGGCGGUAACGCGUUAGCGACACCGCAAAGAUUCGCAACUGCGCCGAAAAUUGGGGAUAAGAUAAAGCGAAUUUUAAAAAUAUGGGGGCAAGGUCACGGUGUGAUCUCUCUACAUAUUUUCCAGAACGUCAUCCCCGUCGAGGCGUAUACGCGUGAAGCUGCCAUGAUUGAGGCCCUGGGCAUCAAUAGGCUCUUAACGAACGCGAAGCGGGGAGAGUUCUACGGCAUAGCCGACACGUGGACAACACGGCAGCGAAAACAGUUGGGAGCCUACUUAGUGUACCGGGCAAUGCAAGUAUUUCUCGCAGAAGGAGAAAGAAGGCUCGGCCCAUUAGAUCUGUAGCAGCCCAUUCUACUCAUUGGACGGAAAAGUCUACAGUGGCGCUGUUAGAAGGUAUGGCAGACAUUAUAACCCAAUAGUUUCAGACGAAUGAUCAUAUCGAAUGAUUAUAACGAAGGCAACCAUGAGCCGAGGCGUAGCAAGAACUCAGUAACCUAGGCCUUAUACUUUUAGCCUGUUAGUUUAGUUACGUUGGCGAAAAAAGAACGAACGGUAUUUCAUACAUGUGAUGAACAAUAAUAGAUCACAUUCAGUGAAGACUAAAAAUGGAGGUUGUACGCACAGCACAACCUGCAAAUUCAGUUGACUAAAGGAAUAUUAAUGUUAGUCAGGCCCUUUCAUUGAAAUUACCCGAAGUAGGGUCAUGCACAGUCAUCUCGCCUGCUCAUUUGUAAACAUCAGAUGAGUCAACAUAAUUCCUAGCAUUAAGUUUAUAAAGGCCAAUAGUCAACCUAAAUUUCUGAAAAAAACAGAAAUGAUUACGUGUUGUAAAUUAAGUCUUGAAGACAGAGUAGAAAACAACAAACUAUUUAACGUCUUUGAUUGAGCGUUCGCUUCUAUUACCAGGUGGAUGUAUUUAGUUUUGUUUCAUUGUUGAAAA